AUGCUCGGCCUGGGUGCGUACGACAGCAGCAGCGAGGACGAGGUGGAAGCCAAGGUUACCCCGUCAGGCUCAAAGGGUGAUAAAGGGCCCCCAGUUGCAGCCUCGCCCACGAAUACAGGUACACCUUCAUCCGAGUCACUGGGGUUGAUUCCUUUCGCGCUAACUUCGGCCUCAGUUCCGACUCCAAUCCAUCAUGAACGCGGUCGGCCACUGUCAACCGAGGCCACCCAUAAACUUCCCAAUGGCCCUGUUCUCGGACCAGCAUCUAUCGAGAGAGUGCAGCCCUUAGAAGCUGAACAGUCGGCCAAUGGUCGCUCCUCCCCAUUCGCGGCAUCACGGACACUUAUUCAGGAUUUGACACUACCUCCGGUCCCCAAUCUGGACAUCCCUCUAUCACCUCCUGGGUCCCCCGAUCCUGCUGCGAACGCAAAAUUCGAACAUUUUCUCUCACUGAAGAAACAAGGUGUACAUUUCAACUCCAAACUGGCGAGCUCUUCCUCGCUGAAAAACCCAAGCUUAUUGAUGAAAAUGAUGGACCAUGCCGGUAUCGGUGAGCGGUCCCAAUACGACACGUCCUUGCCAGCCGACGUAUGGGAUACUUCUACAUUACCUUUGUGGGGCUUUAAGGAAGAGCUUCUCAAAACCCAGCAAGACCUUCGUCGCCAAAUGGAAGAUAAAAAGGCUUCUGGUCAAAGAGACACCAUUGAAUUUGUCUCUGGCUCUCCGGCGGCCAGUCGUCUAGGGCCCGCAUCCGAUUCAGAAACAAGAAGAAAACCUCAUCCUUGA